AUGCUGCCAAAACAAAGCAGCCGUGCGUUUGCGUCCACGUUUGCAGCACUCAGCAUCAUGGUCUUCAUUGCAUCGCUAGACGCGACCGCAUUGUCUACAUCUUUGGCAGUCAUCGCAAACGUUUUGCAUGGGACGACGCUAUCCUCGUUCUGGGCGAGCACUGCCUUCCUGCUGGCGAAUGUGGUAUCCUUGCCGCUAUACCUGGCCUUGACGAACAUCGUGGGACGCGUCUACCCUCUCCACGCCGCACUGCUGCUCUUCCUGCUCGGCUCGAUCAUUUUCGCCCUCGCAUCAAACAUGACCGUGCUCGUUAUCGGACGGAUUUUCCAAGGCCUCGGCGCCGGCGGCAUGGAUGUGAUCCCUGAGAUCAUCGUGUCCGAUAUCACGGAGCUGAAGAAACGACCUCUCUACUUGGGGCUCCUGGGUCUGCCCAUGGCGGCGGGCAGUGUCCUAGGUCCUAUCAUAGGUGCUGCGCUCGCCGAUGGAUCUAGAAGGAACUGGAGAUGGAUCGGCUGGAUAAAUCUCCCACUUUGCACCACUGCUUUCGGGCUCAUGCUUCUCACAGAGACUGGGAAGAUAGAUUUCGCUUUGAUGGUGUUUCGUGCACGGGUAUUCGACUGGAUCGGGAUGCUGCUGUGUACGACUGGCCUGACUCUUUUCGUUCUACCGAUCAGCUGGGCCGGUGCGCUGGCGCCUUGGAAGUCGUGGAGAACGAUUGUCCCGUUGGGAAUAGGUUUUGGGCUCCUCAUACUGCUGGUCGUGGUUGAGAGACGUCGAGAUGAGCCGAUGUUCCCGCGCCGUUUGAUGAAGCCGACGACUGCAAAGGCGUCGCUGAUCGCAGUCUUCCUCCACGGCGCGAUCGUGUAUGUCUUAUUGCUGUAUCUCCCACUAUUCUUCCAAGCGGUUCAUCUUCAGCAACCAAUGCAGACCGUGGUGUCGAUGCUACCGUUGAAUCUUGCCGUCAUCAUCUGUGGCUUUGUUUCUGGCGUGAUUGUCGAGCGAUUUGGCCAAUAUGUCUGGACGAUUCGCAUUGGAGCUUCUCUUCUGGCUUGUGGCGUGGGACUUCUAUCAUUGCUCAAACGAUCCACGCUCCUUGUGGAACAAACAAUGUAUGAGCUCAUUGCUGGAAUUGGCCUUGGUUCACUGUACACCAUCUUGACCAUUCCGAUGCAGGCAUCAGUACUGGAUCCUGAAGACAUGGGUCUGGCAGCAGGUAUGAUAGCGUUCGCCCGCUUAUUAGGAGGUGCCUUCGGACUUGCUAUCUCUUCCACGGCGUUCAGCAGCACUUUUCACCUUUCACCAGGCCUUCUCGAGACUGGACGGCUUGUUGACGCCAACGAUGCGAUAAGCUUUAUACCGAUGCUUCGUAGCACGAAUUUGACGCAAGAGGUACUUGGCGAGGCGAUCGCAAGCUAUAGGACAGCCUUCUCGACAGUCUGGUACGAGAUGACAGGGUGCAGUGUCGUGGCAUUCUUAGCGGUGCUGUGUAUAAAAGCCUUGCCAUUGCAACCGAGCAUCGUCUAA